CCCGCUUGCCGCUUGCAUCGCUUGCAUUGCGUGAUGUCUAAUAACUGACCACUGCACCUUUGUGUCCUUUACGUGUUUCGGAUGGCCCCGUUUUUCUUAUGUGCGGUUGAGCUAGUAUCCUUAUACCGAGUAGAUGACCGCAUUCGAUAAAAUUUGGUUGCCGCACUGAGAGCCGAAUUUUGGUUUAGCACAUCCGUGCGUUUAAUGUGCGCAGAAAUCACCUUAGAGUGUAUAAGGUCGUCCGUCCUGUGAUAAUUACUGCGGUCAUGACUUCAAUCACAGUUAUAUUGGUUCUAUAAUGAACACGAGCGCUAGUUUGAAUCAUGAAGAUUAAGUUUAGAAACGGCGUUGUGAUUGGCUGCAUUACCGCUGCUCUUGGAAGCGGCUAUGUCAUGCGUCACGACAUCGGUUUUAUUAACAACUUUUACGGGGAGAAGCCCAAAACUACUUUGAAUGAGUCGCCGUACAUAUACUUCACAGAAUCUGCUCCUGCGACUGAAGCAGCAUCUUCAUGGAGUCUGAAGCGCAUAUUUGGGAAGGAAUCUCGUCGGCAUUGGCAUUUGUUGUCGGAGGCACGAUCCAAGGUGCAGAGGAUCCGACACGAAGCCGUGAAAGCGCUUGGCAACAUGACAGGCUUGAGCGAUUCGGAGCUUUGCGAGAUAGCUCAGGCAUGUGAUUGUCGAACAAGCGUGGGUCUUGCAAGAACAGCUAGCACAGAUCUGCGAUGCUUUCUUUCACCUCCUCCAAUACCAGAAAAUAUCAUGAAGGGUAGCCUUCAGGAUGGCUUGAGAAGUGUUCUUUCAAAACUGCCAGAAGCAGCAACUGAGUCUUGUAUCAGCUUCUUCACCACAAAUGCCCUCCAGACAAAGUUGCAGUACUUUGAUGCCCAUCAUGAAAAGGACGACACCCUACGGUGGAGGCGGCCAGCAGUGGGUGAGGCAGAACUGCUGUGCCUGCAGGCCCUGUUAAGCCACACAGCCCUGCCUGAACACCGGCGAGUCCUGGUUGAAGAGCUUGGCGUGCUACCGCUGCUGCAGCGAGUACUUCACGAACAUGUGCACGACUUGACUUUGCACAGCCUGGUGGCUCAAAUGAUUGCCAAUCUGGCCCUUGACUCAUCACUACAUGAGCAUAUUUUUCGUGCCGGUUGGGUUGGUAUAUUGGCACGCUGGUUACGCUCUUCCGAAGUGUUGCUAUCAUUUCCUGCUGGCCGUGCUCUGGCCAACAUGGACAAAGAUUCACUGUUGCCCAUGGAAUAUGAAGGUGGCAUCUAUCUUUUACAUCCUCAAUACAGAAUCAGGGAGCCCUCUGUGUCAGCAGAUAUAAUUUUUGUGCAUGGUCUGCUUGGUAGUGUGUUCAAGACAUGGAGGCAACACGACAGCCAAGAUUUGGGCAAGUUGACUAAGUUGGAAAGCCUGCUGGAGCCAACUGUGUCAGCAGUUCGAAGCAGUGCCUGUAAGAUAACAGUAGACCACACUUCCCCUCGAGCACUUGCAAUGCAUGAGAGGUACACCAAGUGCUGGCCAAAGAGCUGGCUGGCUGAGGACAUGCCAAACACAAGGAUAUUGGCUCUAGACUAUGACACUUACUUGAGUCAGUGGUCACCUAACUGCCCGCUUGAACCUAAAAAGCGGACACUUUUUUCAAGAGCGACUGACAUGCUGACAAAGCUUCACCAAGCUGGUGUGGGAGAGAGGCCCAUUAUUUGGAUCACACAUUCAAUGGGAGGUCUUUUGGUAAAAGAAAUGCUGGCAAUUGCUAGUGAGUCUCCGAAGUACAAAGGGAUUGUGAGGAACACCUCAGGGGUUGUGUUUUAUGCUGUGCCACAUCGUGGUGCUGACCUGGGUGACUUCACGAACAGCUUCAAGCUUCUUCUCCUGCCUUCUGUGGAAGUGCAGGAGCUUGAGAAAGACUCCCCACACCUACUGGAAAUUCAUGACAAAUUUGAAAAGCUGGUGAAGAAGUUCAGCAUCCCAUGCCUUAGUUUUGGAGAAAGUGUAAAAACUGUCCUGGGGUUUCGGAUGAGCAAAGUAUUGGUGCCCGUGGAGUCUGCUGACCCUGGAUUUGGAGACUUUUUUGUUGUGGACACUAGUCACUUAGAUAUCUGCAAGCCACAUCGAUGGUCAUCAUUCAGCUACCAGCUGCUGUUGGACUUCUUAGACCAUGCGUUUGCCUCCAUCAGCCAGGAUGCCUACUGGGCUGCACACAACCCAACCCUAACUAGACUGCGUCAGCUGGAACUGUAUUUUGAGACAGGCGUGUUCCAGUUCUAAGACACCGAAUGGUGCCUCUUGUGAGGAUUGCCACAGUGCAUUUUGGUGUAAUUGGAGGAGAUUACUCUUGCAUGUGCACAAAACCUAACCCUGGCUGGACUGCGUCAGCUGGAACUUUAUUUUGAGAAUGAUGCUUUAGUUGGAAGAUGCUGAAUGGUGCCCUUGCAAGGACAGUUUUAGGAUUUCCGCAGAGAAUCUUGUUGUGAUUGAGGGAGAUUACUCUUGCAUGUGUACAGUAUAUAUAAAUAUGUUAAAAAGCAGUCUUCCUCCACAACUUCUAAUUAAUGUGAUCUUCAUCACUCUUUCCCUAUUUACUGAGGCAGCAGACUGAAGCAGACAUUUUGAGCUGUUUUAUCUAUCGUGCACUGUUACACUUCUAGAGAGGAAAACAAACUGUGUGUAAAGACUGACGUCUUUUUAUCAUGUUGUAGUCUUAGGUAUUUAAGAGUUUGAAACUUGGUCCAUGUAGUAUGCUAAGUGUAGCAGUGUGGGCAAGUUAUCUUGUUUGGAAUGUGAAGUUUACAAUAUUUAUUAGUCUGCGUUCACUUCUGCUCAUGCGGUAAAGUUGCUAGUGGUGGAUGCUCAGGUGCUUUUUGUGCAGCUGUGAGUCGUGCAUUUGACUUCAUUGUUGAAAACUGUGCCAUUUUUAAUGUGCCCGUGUUUUGUUUUUUGAAACAAUGCAAUGCAUGGCUAGAUGAAGCAGUGUACGCUAUGUAGAUGUGCCACUUAUACUGACCCCACAAUUCAUCUUUCAUUCCAUGUAGUUUAGUAACAAUAUGUAUCUGUUCAUAAUGGUGAGAAGCCUAGAGCAUCACUAACAAAGGUAAUCACAAAUUUUUUGAGUGAAGAAUGGAAUUUAUGAAUAAAAAUGUCCUGUGUUUCGCAAAGCAGAA